CGCGCUAUAAACUUCCUUUUCCCGGUGCAGCGGCGUCCAGCCCCCGUUUGUGGCUCCGUGCUCCUUUUUAAGGAGACAUAAAGACUGCAAAAUGGGUUUUGUCAAAGUGGUGAAGAACAAGGCCUAUUUCAAAAGGUACCAGGUCAAAUUCAGGAGGAGGAGAGAGGGAAAGACUGACUACUUUGCUCGCAAACGCCUGGUUGUGCAAGAUAAAAACAAGUACAACACACCUAAGUACAGGAUGAUCGUCCGCUUCACUAACAGAGACAUCAUCUGCCAGAUUGCCUACGCCAAGAUUGAGGGAGACAUGAUUGUGUGCGCGGCCUACUCACACGAGCUGCCAAAAUAUGGCAUCUGUGUCGGACUGACAAACUACGCAGCAGCCUACUGCACUGGUCUGCUCCUGGCUCGAAGAUUGCUGAACAAGUUUGGCUUGGACAAAGUAUAUGAAGGCCAGGUGGAGGUGACAGGUGAUGAGUUCAACGUGGAGAGCAUUGAUGGUCAGCCAGGCGCUUUCACUUGCUAUCUGGAUGCUGGACUUGCAAGAACGACCACGGGCAACAAGGUGUUUGGUGCUCUGAAGGGGGCGGUGGAUGGAGGCCUUUCAAUCCCUCACAGCACGAAACGUUUCCCUGGAUAUGAUGCAGAGAGCAAGGAGUUCAUUGCCGAAGUCCACCGCAAGCACAUCAUGGGCAUCAAUGUGUCAGAGUACAUGAGCUACUUGAUGGAGGAAGAUGAGGAUGCUUACAAAAAACAGUUCUCCCGCUUCAUCAAAAAUGGGGUUACCCCUGACUCGAUUGAGGAAAUGUACAAAAAGGCACAUGCUGCAAUUCGCGAGAACCCGUCCCAUGAAAAGAAGCCUCCCAAGAAGUCAAGAAGGAAGAGGUGGAAUCGCCGCAAGCUCUCUCUGGCCCAGAGGAAAGACCGCAUCGCCCAGAAGAAGGCCAGUUUCCUGCGAGCUCAGGAACAGGAGGAUGCAGAUUGAAGUCCUGAUCUGUUCCAAAAGGACAAAAUUUGUUCUAAUAUAAAUCUACUGAAAA